UAUGCUUCAAAAAAAAAUUUUUUUUUAAUCACUUGGCAAUCCUGCACAUUGCUAGCGAAAAGCUUUUUACCGCCAACAAAGUGAAGACGAAUAAAAGCAAGUAUCAUUCGGCCGAAAGCAAACAGUUGCCAGCAAAAUCGAAGGGAAUCUAGUCGUUGGAAUUAAUAACAAAUAACAGUAGAGCAGCAGCAACGGUGGCAGUAAGAACAGUUAUUGUGGCAUAAAGAAGUGCGUUUGAGUGUCGUUUAAUUUUUUCAAUCUCCACGAGUGCGUAUGCGGGUAUGCUGCGUGUGUGUAUAUGUGCUGGAAUCCACUAAAAUGCCAGCAUUUGUUAGACAACACUUUGGGUCAUUUAUGUCACUUUUAUGAAAUGGAAUAGAUACAAAAAUAAGUUGUGUGCAUUGUAGGUGUAAGAAAUGUAUGGCAGUGAAAAGUCGACGCGUAGAAAAUAUUAAAAAAAAAUAAAUAAAUAAAUAAGAGAAUUGUGAAUAAAUUUGGAGAUGCUGCAAUAUUUUUAUAUUCAAUAAACCGAAAUAAAAAUUCUUGAAGCACUAUCCACUAAUAACAACUGUGCAUAAUUUACUAAAAAGUAAAUAAAAAAAAUUAUAAAUUCUAUGUGAAAAAUUUAUCACGUAGUGAGUGAGAUGACAACAAAUAUUUUUACAAACAGAUUGUAAAUAAAAGCAGAAAUGCGUAUAAAUUGGCAAUAAACAAAUUCAAAGUGAAUACGCAAAAUGUCCUUCAAAAAUCUGCAGGAAACGUAGAUAGAAAGGAGAAAGGUUUCUGCGCCCACGCACAUCAGCCAAGCAGCGAGGCAGCAGCAGCAGCAACACUAAAAAGCGCUAAACACCAAUAACAGAAGUAGAAAAGGAAAAAAAGAAAUAAGAAAAGAAAAAAACUGGUGCUAAAGCUACUGAGGAUAUUGAGGAAUCUAAAGACAGUUUUACGUCAACCGAUGUACGAAAUGAAGAAAAUAUGCGCCUACAUUUAGGCGCAACAGCUUGUAAAAUAAUGUUUUCAAUAAAAUUGCCUUAGCCAAUAAAAUACGAACAAAAGUAAUUACAAGUUAAAUUUAGACACAAAUAACUGCUCUACAAACAAACAACCACACAUACUACGCAUUUUAUGAGUUCACCCUUUGAGAGGCGACGAGCAAUUGCAGCAAAGCAAAAUGUUGAUAAAAGAAUACCGUAUACCCUUACCGUUAACGGUCGAGGAAUAUCGCAUCGCACAGCUGUAUAUGAUAGCGAAAAAAAGUCGCGAAGAAAGUCAUGGCGAGGGCAGCGGCGUGGAAAUUAUCAUUAAUGAACCCUACAAAGACGGACCCGGCGGGAAUGGACAGUACACGAAGAAAAUCUAUCACGUUGGCAGUCAUCUGCCCGGUUGGAUAAAAAGUUUGUUACCAAAGAGCGCUUUGACGGUGGAGGAGGAGGCGUGGAACGCUUAUCCGUACACCCGCACGCGCUACACCUGUCCGUUUGUGGAGAAAUUCUCGCUCGAUAUUGAAACUUAUUACUUUCCGGAUAAUGGCUAUCAGGAUAAUGUUUUCAAGUUGAGUGGCAGUGAUUUGAGAAACCGCAUUGUGGAUGUCAUUGAUAUUGUCAAAGAUCAACUUUACGGUGGAGAUUAUGUGAAAGAGGAAGAUCCUAAACUCUUUGUAUCCGAGAAAACCGGACGUGGUCCGUUGAGCGAAGAAUGGCUAGAGGAGUAUUGGCGUGAGGUGAAGGGCCGGAAGCAGCCCACCGCGCGAAAUAUGUCAUUAAUGUGUGCAUAUAAGAUUUGUCGUGUCGAAUUCCGUUAUUGGGGUAUGCAAACGAAAUUGGAGAAAUUCAUACACGAUGUAGCAUUACGGAAAACUAUGUUGCGUGCACAUCGACAGGCCUGGGCGUGGCAAGAUGAAUGGUAUGGACUGACCAUUGAGGACAUACGCGAGAUUGAGCGGCACACACAAUUGGCCCUGGCGAAGAAGAUGGGCGGUGCUGAGGGUGAGAGCGAAAGUGAUGCUGAGGAUGCUGACAGCGUGGCGGAUCUGCAUGGUCCCCCCGUUACUGCUAGUACUGGCAGUGAACGCCGUAAGUCUGGCGGCGCACCCCCACCGAUUGUUACACAAGAACCGCCAAGUGCUGAAGCCACUUCGGAUGAGGAUGAAGAAGAGGAUGCAGCGCAGGAAGUGAGCGCACGUUCGCGUUCGCAGAGCAUACAAUUGACCAAAUCGAAAUUCGGCUCGAAAGGUGCGUUACACUCACCCGUGGGUUCAGCGCAUAGCUUCGAUUUGCAGCCGCAUGCAAAGAAUGUUCAACACAAAAAUGUUGCCAAUUGGCGUAUGGAACGUCUGGAAGUGGACACCAAAUCCAACUCGGAUGAAGAAUUUUUCGAUUGCGUGGAUACCAAUGAGACCAAUUCGCUUGCCAAAUGGAGUUCGCUUGAAUUGCUCGGCGACGGUGAUGAUAGUCCACCGCCAAGUAGUGGCAUUGUUUAUAAAGACAGUCAAGAAGACAGUAUUUUCAAUCAAGACUUCCUAAUGCGUGUCGCCUCCGAGCGUGGCAAUAAGCGUCAGCUGCGUUCCUCGGCUAGCGUAGAUCGCAGUCAUGACGCCUCACCGCCAGGUUCACCAGGCACACCAUCCUGUUCCACCACCAUACUCAUACUCGUGGUGCAUGCUGGCAGCGUCUUAGACGCCACUAGCGAGCUAACCGCCAAGAAGUCAGACAUUACCACAUUUCGUGGCGCUUUUGAGGGUGUUAUGCGCCAACAUUAUCCUAGUCUGCUGACACAUGUUACAAUUAAAAUGGUACCUUGCCCAUCCAUAUGCACCGAUGCACUCGGCAUACUCUCUAGUCUUAGUCCAUACUCGUUCGAUGCCUCACCAUCGGCGGCUGAUAUACCAAAUAUUGCUGAUGUGCCCAUUGGCGCAAUACCGUUACUAUCGGUAGCAUCACCCGAGUUCCAGGAUACCGUUAAUAAGACAGUGACCGCAGCAAAUAUUGUAUAUCAUGAAUUUCUUAAAUCUGAAGAGGGUCACGGUUUCGCCGGUCAAGUGGUAAUGCUGGGUGAUUCGAUGGGUUCGCUGUUGGCCUAUGAGGCGCUAUGCCGUAGCAAUGGUUCAGAUGGUGGUGGUGGUGGUAGUCGUUCUUCGCGCACCGAUGAUGAUGAACGCUUCAAUGACUCGGACUUGGAUGCCAAGCGACUGCUGGUGGCACCGUCACCACGGCGACGACGCUCCUCGUCGAGUGACUCGCGUGGCAAUAAAUUAGAUUUUGAAGUUGGUGACUUCUUUAUGUUCGGCUCGCCGCUAUCCAUUGUGUUGGCGUCGCGCAAGCUGCACGAUGCCAAGGCAGCGCUGGCACGUCCAAACUGCAAUCAAGUGUACAAUUUAUUCCAUCCUACCGAUCCAAUCGCUUCCCGCUUGGAGCCAUUGCUCAGCGCUCGGUUUUCCAUGUUGGCGCCAGUGAAUGUGCCACGCUAUGCCAAAUAUCCGUUGGGCAAUGGGCAGCCCUACCACCUACUGGAGGUCAUCCAAUCACAUCCACAGCACUUCAAUGACGCCAAUAAUAUUUUGGGCAAUAGACGUCUUUCAGAUGCCUCAAUGCAAAGUACUAUUUCUGGUCUCAUUGAAAAUGUAUCGCUAAGUACAAUCCACUCACUACAAAUGAAAUGGUGGGGCACAAAACGUUUAGACUACGCCUUGUAUUGCCCAGAGGGUUUGAGCAAUUUUCCAGCGCACGCUUUGCCACAUCUAUUCCAUGCCAGCUACUGGGAGAGUGCGGAUGUGAUUGCGUUCGUUUUGCGGCAGAUUGGUAAAUUUGAUGGUAUUCCAUUUGUUGGUUCCGGCGAUGACAAAGAAACCGUCACCUUCCAUCCGAGUCAGCCACGCGAGAAAUGGAUGAAGAAACGUACUUCCGUUAAACUGAAAAAUGUCGCCGCCAAUCAUCGAGCCAAUGAUGUAAUUGUGCUGGAGGGUCGUGAACAACGUCUCAAUGCACGUUUCAUGUACGGCCCAUUGGAUAUGAUUACUUUGCAUGGCGAAAAAGUCGAUAUACACUUAAUGAAGGAUCCACCAGCUGGUGAAUGGACAUUCCUUGCCACCGAAUUGACCGAUAAAAAUGGUCGCAUUUCAUAUACCAUACCCGAGCAAGUUGGGUUGGGUUAUGGUAUUUAUCCUGUAAAAAUGAUUGUACGCGGUGAUCACACAUCUGUGGACUGCUACUUAGCUAUUGUGCCACCAAUGACCGAAUGUGUGGUCUUCAGUAUUGAUGGUUCCUUUACCGCGUCCAUGUCGGUGACGGGGCGUGAUCCAAAAGUGCGUGCCGGCGCUGUUGAUAUCUGUCGCCAUUGGCAGGAGUUGGGUUAUUUACUGAUAUACAUCACUGGUCGGCCGGAUAUGCAACAACAGCGUGUGGUAUCCUGGCUGAGUCAACACAAUUUUCCACAUGGACUCAUCUCAUUCGCCGACGGCUUACUCACCGAUCCUUUGGGUCACAAAACUGCUUACUUGAAUAAUUUAGUGCAAAAUCAUGGAAUCUCAAUUGUCUCGGCUUAUGGCAGCAGUAAAGAUAUUACGGUGUAUGCGAAUGUAGGCUUAAGACCCGAACAGAUAUUUAUUGUUGGCAAAGUGAGCAAAAAAUUACAAUCCAAUGCUACAGUGCUGAGUGACGGCUAUGCUGCUCAUUUGGCUGGUCUGCAGGUAGUAGGCGGCUCACGGCCCGCCAAGGGAAAUGCACGCAUGGUCAUACCACGUGGCUGCUUCAAUUUGCCUGGUCAAGCCUCGAAUCCACGUCGCAGAAGCAACGAAACAGGACUAUCAUCGCCCAUACGCAGUGGUUACCUGAAACGCAAAACCUAUCUGAAUCUUCACUAGGGGAAUGAGUUUGGUUAGCGAAGCAGAAGAAAUGAACCAGCUGAUAAACUGGUAAUGAAAUUGAAUUUAAUAUCGCAGUACGUCCAACAUGGCUGGGAGCUUUGCCUUUAGUGCAUGCGAAAAAAGAGCCGGACUCAACGCGUUCGUUCAACUUCAUCAUCGACGCCUCUUCUUCUUCUUCUUCAUCUACUUUUCCGCCCGUUUGCAAGCCACAUUGUUUAAUCGCAACGCUUUAGCGGCAUUUAGCUUAGACAUACAUACAUACAUACAUAAUAAGGCCUAUAACUGCAACAAAUACAUACUUACUAUAUAAGUAUAUACUCGUAGCGAAGAAAGCGCUUAGAGAAGCGUAAACAAACAGUCCUAGUUGGCGUUCAAGUUUAGUGAUUAUUUAGUACCAAAGGAUAUGCUGAAAACAAAACAGAAAAAAAGAACAACUAUUACUCUUACUCAUAGCUAAAUCUACUACAUAAAUACAUACAUACAUAUGUAUCUACAACUAUAUUUACGAGUGUCCAACAAAAGAACAAAAGAAAAAUUUUACUUAGUAUGCAGAAGAAGCUUAGAAUUAAAUAGUGCGAUGAGCCGGAAUGGGUUACAGUAUUGUACACUAAUCCACCAGCCACUCAUUUGCGUCUAGUUACCUACUACUUACUUAGUGCUGCAUUGCAACUAGAGCUAAAGGAAUAUUAAACGAAUGCAAAUUAAAAAUGAAAAUAGAAAUAUUUUACGUAAAAUCACGCCUAAUGUGUCACGUGGUACCUGGCUAGAAAGACUGUUUCCUCCUGUUGUAUGAUGGUGUUUCAAUCUACCUAAAUAUUAAAUGUGUGUGUUAAAUGUGGUUGGACAAAAC